AUGAGGAGAGAGGGGCUCAGCCGUCAUUUACCAAGAUUGCUUGAAUCGUCACAUUGUGCAUCGGCUGGACCGUUUGAAGCAGACACGAACGCGGACCACCCGAUUGCGACGAGGUCUUCCGAACGACCAACUACAUCACGAGCGGUACCGGCAUCGCUGCUCCACGGUGUCAUUAUCGAGCUGCUCGCUUGCAACCGACACACAGCACAGAGCUUGAUCGCAUCGACUCCUACCCUGCUCGAAACCAUCACCGCCAUCAUCGGCCCAUCCGUUAGCGGCCUCUUCUCGACAGCUGAUCCAGCAUUGCUCGGUCAUCCGACCCAUUUUGUCUUCCUUUCCACAGGUCACGUCCCGCCGCCCUUUCAUCUGAAGCAAGCUCGCUGCAUCCGCGGCAGACGCACCCAUCCCCGGCAAACGGUCCAGUGCCUCGCUGCGCCACACGCACCUCGACAUCGCCUGACUCGACCACGAUCACAUCAGACUCGAUGCUGCUCUAGACCACUCACCAUCCGACUGUCUAGUCCACCAGCCGCAUCAGCUCGUCGUCGCGUGCCUGUCUGCGUGCCUGCUCCUAUUGCAGCACAGCCGUCCAUGUUGGACGCGGCCAGGAGCAUGGCGCGCCUUCCUUUCGCUUCCGACAGAUGGGCCGACGCUCCCGCUCAGCUCGUCUCGUCUCGUCUCGAGCAAGGCGCCCGUAGCGGCUCAACGCCAUCCAGCAGCAUCGACUCCACCAACUCGUCAUCACGCUGGCCAGAGAGCUCGCUUCGCGCGCUGCCGGACUCGUCAUCCACCAGCCAUCGUCCAGGUCCGCGCCUCGAACGGGCCGAGAGCUUCAUGAGCACCGCUUCCGCCUCAUCCAGCAUCUCCACGGCAGCGACCAUCGCGAAAGCGAGCACAGCCACCAUCCGCAAACUACAACGCAGCGACGACGCAUCUGCCAAGACCAUCCGCUUUGCGAAACACAGGAAGGAUCCCGAUUCGAUCACUCCUUCGUCUUCCGCAGACCGCAUGAGCUCCCAGAGCACCGAUGGCGCCGAUGAUAGAUCUUCUCCCAUCUUUCCUGGCGACCAAUCGCAAAGCACCGUCACCACCUCGUUCGACACCACAGUUCGCACUCCCUCCGACUCCCAGCCCCACCGUAGCGCAAACAAGUCUGAUCACGAAUACGAUCCUGCAUUACCCAAUGGCAUCACCCUCAAUCUCGUCGAGCCUUCCUCCUUCUUCUCUGAUUCCUUAUCCGGCGACGACUCUAGCAGAUCCAUGUCCGCCGCCACAUCCUCUCGGCUCACACCUCUUCAUUCAGAAGCUUCAGGGUCAAUCUCAGCUUCGCGUCGCGGUUCUGAUCAGGCAAGCAGCGAUGCGGGAGCAAACAUGUCGCGCUCCUCCUCGUAUCAGAGCGCCAUAUCCACGCUCGCACCCUCAACCGAUUGGCUAGCCCAUUCAUCGCGCUCACAACGUCUUCACAGGCCUCCGUCGGCCAGCAGCAACAAGCCGGGACACGCUGCAAAGUUUGGUUUGGGCAUCCAAACCCGAGGCUCUUCUCAGCCUGCUGAUGCAUCGAUGGCCGCUUCCCGCUACCUGGCCGGGCCUUCGCUGGAGGUCGUACCCGAAGCACGCGAGUCGCCCUACAUGGGCAGUCGCACCAGUCAGGCCGCCUCGACGCCAGAUAUGAACAAUCCCUCCGGAUUGAGCGUCUCCACCGCCCUUCCACCAAAUCGCGAACCCCUUUGGGGCGAGAGCGCUUCUGCCAUCUCGCCUGGCUCUGGCGGACGGAGCGCAGGCGUUAUGACCUCCUUCUCCUUUCCUUCGAACGGUCCUUCGUCUGCUGGUCUUGCCGACACGUCCAGAAAGUUGAGCCAUCCUGGACCGUUGUCCGCCAAGUUCCCACGUUCUCCCGGCAGUGCUUUCCACUCGUCCAACCCCUUCGUCCAGUCUUUUUACCCUUACUCCUCCAGGGCCAGCGACGCAGGCCUCCUGCAUGCCUCGAGCUGGUCUCACGCGCCGCCAUCCUCUUACGCCGGCUCCAUCAUCAGCUCGAGCGGAGCUACAUCGAUGCUGGGUUAUUCCAGCCUCAAUCCCACCGAUCGCGAGGGUAUGCUCCAUCAACUAUUGCUCGACCAAGCACGUGUCGACUGUCAGGAGUAUGGCACGUUGAGCUUGGAAGAGGUGGCCGAGGCGAAGCGCGACCUCAAGCACGUCGAACGCAAAGUCCAGAGUCUGCGCACCAAGCUCAAGGUCGAGAUCAAGAUCCGCGACGCCGCCGUCGCCCUCCGCAAAGCCCAUCGUACCACAGCUGCGUCCGCUCAUUCGCCCACCUCGUCGAUCAAUCUCGCCGUCUCGCCCACCUUGUCCACCUUUGCAAAUUCCCACACGUCAGGUGGUACCCAACCUUCUAGCGCGCCUUCCUCCGCUUCCUCUUACGCUGCCCGCAGUCGCGCCUUCAGCAUAUCGACCGGCGAAGCCAAAGCCGACGAGGACGUCCACGUGGCCACUGCCAAGGUCGACAAGGUGGCUCAUGAGCUCUUCAAAUGGAACGAGCGCGCCAACACGCUCCGUCGCAAGCUUCUUGAGCAUCAGGCAGCCACGCUCUCCGAGCGCGUCCAACAUCUCGAAUCCGACCGCCGCGUGACGGAGGAGAGCCUGCCUACUUUUCCAGCUUCCACCUCCUUCGAAUCGCUCGCCCCAUCGGCAUCCGCUUCUGCUGUCGGUAUCAACCGCUACCGCCGCCCCGAACAUCGCUACCAGCCUUCCACAGACGAGCCCUACCACCCCACAGGAGCUAACGAUCCUGUCCGUCACAAUCGUCUUGAGUCCGACAUAAGCGCCAUCAGUGGCUUCAGCUUUCUCGACGCCGCCGCUCCCGACAAAGUGCGAAGACUUGCAGAGGAACUCGGAAGGAAGCGCGAGACGCUCUCCAAACUCGAAGCUGAUCUCGAGUCAGCCCGAGAAGCAGCGCGCCGCAAGGACGAGAUCUCGAAUCGUCUCACCCAACAGCUCGAGGAGCAGUCGCGCGAGCGAAACCGCACUCUUGAAGAGCUCCGCACAAUGACAGAGCAAGUCUCUCGUCAAGAAGAGGCUGCGCGACAAAGGCAAACCCAAGCCGUCAGCGACGCCAUAGCCGAUGUUGAGCAAAAGAUGCAAAGGCAGCUCGAACAGAGCCGCAGCCGCGAUCACGAGAGGGACGACGCUUUGGUCAAUUCCAAGGCCGAAGUCAUGGCCGGCAAGCGUGCCAUGACCGACUUGCAAUCACGUUUUGACGCUGCACAGAAUGAGCUGAAAGCAUUGCAGCUACGUGCGGAAGCUGCAGACAAGGCAUCGCAGGACCACAGACGUACUUUGGACGAGAUGCAAGGCGAAUCGACGCGUCAGCUGACACGAGAUACGGAAGCCUUGGCGUCGGUUCAGGCGCAACUCAUAACGUUCAAAUCGGCUCACGACAGAGCCAGCGCGCUGGCUGCCGACCGUGCCCAGGCGAUCGCUCAGCUCGAAAAGGACCUCAAGCAGGCCCAAGAUGCAUUCGGCGACGAAAAGGCCAGGCUUCUCGCAGACCACUCUUCGGCGAUCGGUGUGCACCAGAAGCAGCUCGAACAAGCACGCAGCGACCUCAGCUCAAAAGCACAAAGGUGCGCCGAUGUCGAAAAGCAGGUGGCUGCAGCUCAGGAGCGCAUCGUCGAGUCGGAGGCUCGCGCAGAGCAGGCUGACAGCAAGCUGCGGGAGCUCGAGCUCGCUGUAGGCGCGGAGCGACGCAUUAUGGCCGAACGCGACGAGCUCUUCCACGCCUUUGAACGUCGUCUGGAGACGGCAGAGAAGCGUCUGCAGGAACAGGACAAGCGAUGCGCCAGAAUGCUCGGCAAGCUCGAGGGGCGCGAGGAGAUGGACGACCUGCUCGAGCGCAUCAAGGCUGGUGCCGCCGGCGUCGCGAAGAAGAGCAAGACAGCAGGUCAGGACAUCGCAGCCUUGCUGUCCAGCCUCGAGACGCACAUUGGUGAUCUCGAGCUCGAGCUUGUGCGCGCCAACGAGCAGGUUUCUGCGUCACCGCGUGGCAGUGUGGCAGCCUCUGACUCGUCUGCGUCGAAGCAGCAGCAAGAACAGCUUCAGGCCGGCAAUCAAGAGGCUCAACGAUGGAAGGAAGAAGUUCAACGUCUCAAUGAUGCGCUCCAAGCAGAGAAGUCCAGAGCGGCGGAGGCUCCGCCACAGGAUCGCAAGCAAGCACAGGAGCUCCAGGCCCGAAUCGAUUCGCUCACCGAGCAGAACGAAGUCAUCAGAGCUGCAGGUGAGCAACGUGCGUUGCAGCUCGAGAAGGAGGUGCAAGGUCUUAUGCAGAAGAACGAGGACUCGGAUCGCCAGAGCAAGGGGCUCGUCGCUCAACUUCGAGGCAAGAUCGAGCAACUGGAGGAACGACACGCUGAUCUCGAGAAGAAAAGUCGAAAUGCGUCCAGCCCAGCAUCUCCAGCCAACUCGAUCGAUGCAUUGCCGCCACGGGCGAGCAAGGCUGCUUCGCCGCUGGGUGCAAAGUUCGCCUCCAAUAACAAAGGUGUCGGCAAUCUCAUCGACAGAUUCGGCGGUGGACAUAGAGUUGCUUCGGAGUCUCGCGCCGACGACUCUCCCACCAUGUUGCACGCGUGCAUUCGGUCUGCCGAGAACCUUCGUGCAAUGCUGCCAGAUAUUUCGGCUGCCGCAAAAGGUUCUGCAGAUCUACAUGCGUUGCGCGACGCUUUCCAGGCAGCCAAUUCUCAAUCAACCAGCCCCACAGCUGUGAAAUCGCCGACAUCGGUGCGGUCGACGCUCGGUAGUGCCGAUCUACAAGCUGAGCUUGACGCGACGGCGGAGCGUUUACGAAGCACGUUGGCGAUCAGCCGCGCAGUGAUCGAUAUGGCGUUGGAGGCAGAAGCAGACAAGGAGAAUUGCGGUCCUUACGUGCGAAAAGAAGAGCAGAAAGCCACAAAAGACACGCAGGCAGAAGCGCUGGCGUCACAGCAGGCGCUUGCCACGAGGAUCACCUCCUUGACUGCCAAGGUCAAAGAGCAGGCAGAUCGCGAGAAGCGGCUCGAGGCGGAAGUGACUGAGCUACGCCAGCAGCUGGAGGAAGCGAAUGCAGCUGAACGUGCGCCGUCGUCGCCAUCCGGUUUGACGCUGGAAGGCGGAUCGAUAUUGGGCCUCUCUACAUCGCCUGCGCGCGUGCCCGACAUCAACUCCUUGGGCUUAUCGAGAAGUCUCGGCCGCACCAGCUCGAACAAAUCGAUGCGAACGGUGAUGGGCGAUAAGCCGAGCCCCAAAAUGUUCAACGCUUACCUUCCAGGUGGAGCCACGUUGGCCCCGCCGCGAUCACCGGCUGCCAUGGACGCGAUGCCGUCGCCAACGCGAUCCAACACGAGCCUGAAUGCGUCGCCAUCGAUUCGAUACAUUUCGCCUUUUGCGCCUCCGUCUUUUGACAAUCGCACGCAUCAGAGACAGGCGAUAGAGUCACGAGCCGUAGGUCCAGGAAACAGCACGAAUAACACUUCGUUCUCGGACAUUUCGAGGGCGGUUGGGAUGUCGGACUCUGUAUCUUUGCGAUCGGUCAGCAGCCCUAGCUCGACGCACCUGGGUCUGCCGAGCUCGGCUGUCAGCCUCGCGGAAACGUCGUUAUCAUCUGUAUCGAUCGACCACAGGAUUCCAGAUUCGAAAUGUUCGAACAAGCCGGUCAAGCGAACCAUCACGCUCGGAAUGGACGUUCCGCAGCUCGUUUCGCGGGUUCGCGAGCUGGAGCGACAGCUCUCGCAGACAGCUUCGAUACGCCAGCGCGCUGAGCGGGUGUCGGAGCUGGAGAUCGAGGUGCGGAAAGCGAACUUGGCCUACUCGAAGCUGCUCGAUCGAAUGGAAGCCGAGCGCGAUGUCGGGACGCACCAGAAGGUCGAGAUGCUCAACGAGCUCAACGAUGCCCAGGCCAAGCUGCAGACGACCCAGGCUCAGAUGAUGCACCGUGCUCAAGCGCAGUCUCCCCUCCUCUCGCCCCUUGUCUCGACAAAGCCCCUGCCUCCUCCCAAGGACUAG